CCGAGGGAGGUAUGAACAAUCAGAGUACAUGCAACUCACUGGGCUGGACAAGGAAUAGAGAUCAGUUGCAGAGGAUCCAUGUAGUCGCAACAACGAUGCAGAGCUGCGAGAAUGUUAGCAUCGCAAUUACCAAUGGCAUUUGUGCUGAGCCACUUUAUGAUAAGGAUGAUUGUGAUGAAGAAGAAUAUGCAGGAAGUUCAAUGAUGUGCUUUGAUGAAAACUCAAAGAGAUGGAGUUUAGCUGGAGUCAGUGGAUGGAGAAUAGCUUGCAGUAAGAUAGGAUUGGGUCGACCGAGGAUCUAUGAUUCAGUCUCAUCGCAUGUGGAUUGGAUUCAGAAAACAAUAUCCAAUUCAGCAAGAUGACCUUUUUACAACAUCUAGAGUUACAAAGACUGUAUUCUGUGUCUUCUAAUAUUUAGAGUAUGUUACAUUAUUUGUUAAUAUAGUUGUUAAAGUUUUAAAUUCUCGAUUUUCAUAUUCUUCUCAUUUCCGAAAAUGAAAUAUGUAAGUAAAUUUACUAUUAUGUAAAAAUUGAUAAGACAAAAUACUCAGUGGUCUACUAAUCAGCCAUUUUUAUAAACCACUUUUUUAUUCUUGGCCUAAAAUGACUGUAUUUAUAUUGUAAUUAGAAUAAAAAAAUAAUUUAUUACUGAAAAUAUUGUACAAUGUAAUUAGUGUUCAUUUAUUGUAAAUAUGUUAAGUAAUUAAAAUAUGUACCAAAUUAAACUGUUUAAAAUUUAUCAGAUUUAUUUCAAUUCCUGGCUACCUUUAAUAUUUGUAAACUAUGUUCAUUUUUAAAAUUACUGUAAUAUAAUGAAAGUCAUAAUUUUCCAUAAAAAAAUUCAGAAAUAAAUUGAAAAUAGGUUAAUAGUCAUUUAAAUAAUCUCUAGGGAUUUAUAGUUUUAGCCAUUGCUUCUAUUAGUUAUUGUAACUCAGCAUUACAUAGAUCCGUGUAGGUAAAAAAAACAACAAAGUAAAUAUAAAUAAACUAUAUUUAAACU